AUGGCAUCGGAAGUUAAAGGUGAUUCUGCUUGUGUUUUUCCGGGAAAACAUGCGUUGCUUAAUUUAAAUAUGGGUGUAAAGCAUUCUGGCAGUGUUGACUGCUUUGAAAGAUACAAAUUCAUCUACGAUUUCUCAGAUGACAGACGCGCAGUCUCAAAAUGCGUCGAGUUUUUCACAUUUCCCGUAAAUCUAUUUAAAGUGCUAUUAGGAGAUCCGUCAAUUCGGGAACCAGACGAUAUAAAUGAGCCAGAUGAUAUAAAGGAGUCUGCAGCAAAGUUCUUGGCGUACGUAACUCCUGAGGCUGAGACGUAUGUCCUGGCGGUGCCAACCAACUCCAAUCUGAUACUAUUCCGCAAACUUGAAAUCUACUCAUGGGAACGUAUCAACACUCAAGUAAACUUGUCAAAGCUGGAAAUCUCUAAUAGAUAUACUCAUGACUAUGAAGAGUAUUUUGAUUUCGAAUUGGAAGAUUACAGGGAACCCAGCCAACUUGGUUUGGAUUUUUCUAAACCUUAUUACUAUGAUCUUGAGGAGACUAAUUUUAAAAUCGUUUUCAACACCUUUUGCCAUAGUAUUUCAUAUGAAGAGAAGGAAAUUUGGGAACGAACCAGAGAUAACGCUCGCCACGGCUAUCCCAAUUCCCUCAAUUUUGACCUGAUUUCAGGUGAUGUAACCGUCACUUUCAUCGAUGGAACUACUGAACAUCUUUACAGUAUUAGACCUACUGUCAAACGGUCUAGAGAUGAAUCGGAAACCAUUUACUCAACUAAUGUGAAGGCUGAGUCAAAUAGCGAAAAAGUUGUGAAGGCUGAGUCAAAUAAUGAAAAAGUUGUGAAGGCUGAGUCAAAUAGUGAAAAAGUUGUGAAAUCUGAGCCUCUUUACAGUAUUAGACCUAGUAUAAAAAGACCUAAAUCUGAAGUUAGUUCCACUAACUUAGUUAACCUGAAACUUGAACCAAAUAAUGCAAAGUCUGAACCAAGUAAUGAGAAUGUAGAGGAGAAAUCAGUGUUACCUAAGGUUAUAACUCUAGACAUUAAUACGAUAAUGUCAACAAACGAGUAUAAAACGGUUUGUGGUCCAGGUUUCCACUAUUUCAAGGCUAAUGACGGGUUUGUGUUUGGGAAGAUAGUUGAGGGCCGUAGAGUGAUUAAAAAGUUAGAUAAUCCCAUAAACCGCUAUGAAGUCUACGAAGGCUAUCCCGCGUAUUAUGACCACUUUGUAAAUACAGAACGAUUUCAGUUUCUCAGGCCUAACAAAGAUAAUUUAAAAUUCUAUACCAAUAAUAAAUUACUUACGCCUGAGGAUUACAAGGUUAAAUCUACCAAGUAUCUUUAUAGAAUUGACUUUCACAAGCCUUUAUACAGGAUAACAUAUGGUGACAAGGUAGUCUGGGAGUUUGACUAUUAUGAACACGAGUUUCUCCCUACCAGUCUUUACUUCACACACAUGAAUAACAUGAUUCUAUUGUUUCCCAACGGAGUUCAUAGAGAUGUGAAAAUUAGUGUUAACUUGUUAAAAUUUUAUAAACAGGAUGAAUUUGGUAAUAAAAUACAACUGGAAGAAUUAGACUACGAGAUUAUGAAACCUGGAGAUAACAAAAGAUUUUACACACUAAGAGAAAAUAUUAAAUGUGUUGAGGUUUGGUAUGAUGGAUACAUGGUCUGGCAAUAUGAUAAAGAGUAUCCUAUAUCAAUUUGCUGCGACUACACAUUGGACAGAGUAGACAUUAGAUUCAGUUCCUAUGUAGGCUCAUUUGUCAGAUUUGAAGGCUCCAGUUCGUUUACGCAAGUUCAUUACUUCCCUAACCACUUAAAACUCUAUGCACAGGAUGAUAAAAUUGUAGAAUUGAGCCAGGAUAAUUACAGAAUUGAAGUUGUUAAUUCUACAACUGUAAAGUAUGUAAUUAAGCCUGUGAAAUAUGACCGGAUGAUAUUUGAGAAAUCACUUUUAUGGAAACAGAGAAAUGGAGCACCAAUUCCCAGGAAAAUAAUCCACAAACUUGUAAAUCCCACCAUUCUCCUGCAUCACGAUACUUCACAAAAUCAGACAAAGAUAAGAAAAUUUAACAGAUACAACGGAACCUGGGAUCUUAACAUUUUUAAUCCAAUCUCUCAUUCUUACACAUUAAUCACAUAG